ACUGCGAUACAAUUCAUCGCAACGAACAGCUGUGUGACUUUGUUUUGGAUUACGAGAUAAUAAAUACAAAUUUGGAAAUUAAAUUUUCGGCACCGAAAUGGCGUACCUACUGAGGCAGUUGAUCAAGCCGGCGCUGCAGAGAAAUUUCAUCAAUUCAGCGUCUGCAUUGCGGCAUGCCGCCACGGCCAAGGCCAAUGCCGAUGCUAAACAGCAGAUACAAGUCAGUGAGAGCUGCCUGAAACGUUUGCGUGAGAUCUGCAUCGAUGGCUCGUUCCUGCGCAUCACCGUCGAGGGCGGUGGCUGCUCGGGUUUCCAGUACAAAUUCGAUUUGGACAACAAAAUGAACGAGGACGAUCUGCAGUUUGGCGAGGACAAGGCCAAGGUGGUCAUAGACACCGUGUCGCUGGAGUACUGCACCGGCUCCACCGUUGACUAUCACACCGAGCUGAUACGCGCGGGCUUUCGCAUGAUGGCCAAUCCAUUGGCCGAGCAAGGCUGCUCCUGCGGCAGCUCGUUCUCCGUUAAAUUGUAGUUAAAUUGUUGUUAAAUUUUAGUGAAUUUAAUACAUAGAUAUAUGUUCAGUUAUA